AUGGGAUUCGGUGAGAGAUGGAAACGAUGGAUGGAAGCAACUAUAUUCUCAAGCAAUUUAUCUGUGCUUGUGAAUGGGAGUCCAACGAAAGAAUUCGUUGUCGAGAGAGGCCUUCGGCAAGGAGACCCUAUUUCUCCGUUUCUUUUUAUUUUGGUGACUGAAGCUCUUGCAAGUUUGGUUAGGAAAGCUACUGCCAAUGGAGAUUUCAACGGUUUCCAGUUUAAUGAGGAGUGCACGGUGGACAUCCUUCAGUUCGCAGACGAUACUUUACUUAUUGGAAAGGGAGGAUGGAAGCACAUUUGGUGCCUUAAGUCAAUCCUUAGAGGAUUUGAAUUGAUUUCGGGACUAGGAGUCAAUUAUCACAAGAACAAACUUAUUGGUAUAAAUCUUAGUCCGCAUUUCUUGUCAGCUGCAGCUAAUUUUCUUUGCUGUAAGGAGGAAGAAAAACACUUUAAUUUUCUCGGUUUACCCAUAGGCGCCGAUCCUAGAAGGAUUACUACUAGGGUACCUUUAAUGAAGAAAUUUAAAGACCGUCUCAACUGCUGGAAGAGCAGGUUGCUCUCUCUCGGUGGGAGAAUCUCUCUAACUAAAUCUGUUCUUAAUAGCUUGGCUAUUUUUCAUCUUUCGUUUUUCAGGGCUCCGAAGAAGGUGUGCAGCCAACUUAACACAAUCCAAAACCGAUUCAUAUGGGGCGGUGAAGAGAGCAAGCGUAAGAUACAUUGGAUAGGAUGGAAUUAUACUUGUCUCCCUUUGAAGGACGGAGGUUUAGGUUUGAAAAACAUUGAGGAUUUCAAUUCGGCUUUGAUGCUAAAGUGGAAAUGGAGGAUUCUUGGAGGUGAACAAGCUAAAUGGAAAGAGGUCCUCUCUGCCAGGUAUGGGAACAUUCAAUUGGCUCUGCAAAUCGAUAGUCCAGUGAGAUGUAGAAGACGUUCAUCAGCUUGGUGGAGUGAUAUAAAGAAGCUGGAGAACCGGUACAGCGGAGCAUUGUUCGUGAACAGCUGCAAUUUUAAGGUGGGCAACGGUAUUUCCGCAUCUUUCUGGAACAUUGCUUGGUUAAGAGAAGCUCCCUUGAAGUCUCUUUAUCCAAAUCUGUUUGCUCUUAGUUCUAAGAAGAACAUGAGUGUUGCUGAGCAGGGGAGGAUUGCGAUAAUCAAUGGAAGUGGGGAAAUCUCGGCAUAG